AUGGACCGUCUACCCGAAAAGCUGCCUUUCUCUAAGCGGCGCCUGAAGCAGCGAGUCAUCUUAUCAUAUAUCUUUGACUAUGUUAUCCUAAUUGCGUGCAUUGGAGGCUUCUACGUCCUUGACUCUAUUGAACCAUAUCAUCAGCACUUCUCCUUACGAAAUAUUUCAAUUCAGUACCCAUAUGCAGUCCACGAGCGGAUAACCAUUCAGGAAGCCCUCUGUAUCUCUGGCCUGGCACCCCUCGUCAUCAUUAUCGUCUAUACGCUAUUCAUCGACGGGCUUUUCUCGCACCACAAGACGCAGCAUCCAGUCUCGGGGAAGCGCAAAUUCACCGGUCCAUAUAGAUGGAAAGAUCGGCUAUGGGAGCUCAACUGCGGUAUUCUGGGGCUCUUGCUCUCACAAGGGCUGGCCUUUGUCAUCACGCAGGUGCUGAAAAAUGCUUGUGGAAAGCCUAGGCCUGACUUCAUUGAUCGGUGCCAGCCCCGAGCGGGUAGUCAGGACGCGAUACCCGGACUGUCGAAUUCCACUAUCUGUACCGGUGAACAUGCGCUCAUCAAGGACGGCUUCCGGUCAUGGCCUUCAGGACAUAGUAGCUCGUCGUUUGCCGGGUUAUUCUAUCUCACGCUUUGGCUUAGUGGCAAGCUGCACAUAAUGGACAACCGCGGCGAGGCCUGGAAGACACUCUUGGUCAUGAUACCGUCUCUUGCAGCAACGCUUGUUGCGGUGAGCCGUAUUAUGGAUGCAAGGCAUCAUCCAUUCGACGUCAUCACCGGAUCGCUCUUAGGCAUUAUCUGUGCCUGCAUCUCGUACCGUCAAUAUUUCCCUUCCCUCAACGAGCCCUGGAAGAAAGGACGCGCCUAUCCCAUCCGGACGUGGGGCAGGGAUCCCGUGGGGCCUGCCGAGACUGUCCGCCUGGUGGCUGCUGAUGGGAGCACUGCCGCUCUAAGGAACCCGGAGGAAGAGCGAUUGAACGAAGCUCCUCAGUCGAAGACGACCGGAAGUGAUGCUGGUAGGCCCUUGUACCUACCGGAAUCUAAUCCGUACACUACGAACAUUUACGGCUACUCAAGACGUGAUGAAGACGAUAACUGGUCGUCCUCCAGUGAGGAUGUUGCUGGUGGAUAUGAGAUGCAACCUGGCUAUGCCCGGACGCAGAACCCAGCGUUGAACGGACCAACGGCGCGACUCGAUGUUGAUACGGCGUACCACUCCCAGACCCCACAGGUUGUACUUGGAACCACCAGUACCCACGAAACCUCGGGCGCGCUCCCGACUCAUGCGGACAGAGGGCGGGACCUAACAGAUAUGCCGUAUCGGGAAGUCUAA